GAUGACAGGACGGCAAAGGUUACUUCGGCCCAAACAGCAUCAGCUGCAGAUUGAUUACAGUUUCUUCACUCUUUCUUCACGGUUUCUGCGCUACUGCUCAGAACCUGGUCGUCCUGCGUAAGUGCAUUGUGUUCAUGAUAUAACCUAAUCGUUUCCUUCUUCACUAUCAACCGCAGCCGCAUCUUCGGUAUUCACGGAGCAGGUACAUCAACCAAGACUCUGACCUGACCUGAUCUGACCUGGCCUGAAAUUGAAACAACCAAUCUGUUAUUUGUUGGUCCUUUUCCUCUCCCUCCCGAGGGCGUCCGUCUGCUAUUUGUACCCGCCGACAUUCCGUUUGGUGUUUUGCCGCCGUGCUGUUCUAUUUCUAUCUCGAUUUCGAUUUCGAUUUAUAUAAAUGAGAAACCAACAACGGGAGGACAGCACGCCCAAACAAUACUCAUAUGAUAUUAAAACCCUCAUCGCACAUUUCUGGCGCUUCUGAACGUACCUACCUCUACCUACCUACCUACCUACCUACCUACCUACCUACCUACCCACCAUUCACGACCAAAGUUUCGAGCAGGAAAUCGGCUUGCUAAUUAAAUAGAAUUUCGGGAGCAGAGAUCUUGACGAAGGACCACUCAAAGGACAUUAACCUCAUUUAUCAAUUCCCAUCUUUCUCACAUCCUCACUUAAUCCCCCCCCCCGUUGUUCCUCUUUAUCCACUAUCGAAGAAAAAGAAAACCCACCGCACCGCCGCUGCCGCGUAAUCCUUACCAUUCGAAAAGGGUUUGAAUCACUCGAGUCACUCCAUCUCAAACAGAGCAAUCCUCGUUCACGCUGUCACAUCAAACCAAAUAGCGCACAAUUCUCACUCCCCACAUACUCAAAAGCGCACAAUUCGGUCAAGAAUCCACAAUUAAACCUUUCAUGGGGAUUGCCAAUACCCUUGAGAGCGAGGAAUAAAAUAGAGUGCUGAGAGAAGAAUUAUAUAUACAAGUCUCCACUUUGGCAGAUCCUCCCUAUUCGAUUUUUUUAUUAUUAUUCAAAGAGAAAAGGGAGAACGUCUCGCGAAAUGACGUUGAGUAAGUGAACUACUUCCAUUCACACUCAUUUUACCUUAGCAUUUUAUAUCUUCUUCCAACUGCUCUAAUUCCACUACAAAACUUUGGAGGGUUUGUACCGGAGGAAGUCAAAGAACAGCUAGAAGCGCAAGCUAUUACGGAAGUGUUUGCACUAGAAGAUCUCAAGAUGAGCUCUAGUCCAAAGAAGAGGUCGAGAUCCGUCUCCCGCUUGCAUCGCAUUUCUGCGUAUCUUCCAAAUAUUUUUGUAGAGACAGACUCUAAAUCUACUAAAGAAAAGAUCCCACCAAUACCUCAAAAUGCCAACAUUCCUAUUCGACAACCACCAUCUCCCGAACCAUCCGCAGAUGUUCCACCCGUUCCUACGCUUCCCUCCAUGCCCACCAGUGCUCCGCCAGCACCACCGACUCAACAAGGACCAAAUAAAUUACAAAAGGAACAACCUCAUAAUAAUUCGUGGCCACUCAAUCCCUCUCCCUCGCCAGAUGCAGCAGAACCUCCUGUUAAUCAACUCACGGAAAGAAGAGGCAGACACGGCUCCACGUCGAAUGUCAACUCCCUUGCACCACCAUCUCCAUUUUCUGCGGUGAGUGGUAAUGGAAAUAGAUCAGUAUCGUCUCCAAUAUCCAGUCGACCAACUUCGUACAUUUCAGAUGGUGAGAAUAAUGCGAAGGCAUCAAAACGAAGGAGUUUUUUCCCGGUAAAAACGAAGUCGAGACAUUCAUCCUCAAACUCCGGCUCGGAUGGUAGAUCAUCUGCUUGGGUUAUUGCAGGGGAUCAAAAGAUUGAUUACAACAUUUCGCUUGUAACCAAUGGUGAGAAGGUACCAGAAUUAUGGGAAGAAUAUUGCGAUACAUUUGUACACGUUUUUCCAGAAUCAUUUAGCCAUGGACCAUCGUUCAAAGUUCCCUCCCUGGUCCUAUCGUCAUCCGGACCCCUUCACGAAAUGAUAACCAGCAGUCUCGCUAAGCGGAGGUCAACAAGUUUGGAUUCGGCUGGUAGGCAAAGUCCUGAUGAUUCAACACAAACCGGUACACCUCCAGAAACCCCUGUUGAUGGACCAUCUGGAUCAGAAGCGUCUUCGGAUUACAUGAACCCAUACCCUGAAAACAAUGGAGAAAUCCAUCUUUACUUUCCGACAGAAUUAUCUACUGAUGAUCCUACUAAAUUUUCUCCCGACGAUAUACAAAAUCUUGUCAAUGUUCGAAAUUUCUUUGCAUUCAUGACGGGUCAGCCACUUGUUGCCACAAAAAGUUGCCCUACUACAUUCUAUAUAUUCUUGGCCAUAUCGUCAAUGUUACAAAAGUUUGAAUUUAGCAAUUAUGAUGGAUCAACCUAUGGAGAGGCAGCAGCAGCUAGCUUUGCCUUUUUCCUGGAUGAAUUUCGUUUAGCCGAUGUUAGACAAAGUCGAGAGAAGACUGUUGAGGCGAUUAUAUUAGGAGAGCGCAUGAGGUCCACAGAAUUGUAUCACGAGGCAUUUGUACAUGCAGCUGGAAAAUGGCACUCGAUCAAAGAUCUGAAAUCGAACCUUUUCAAGGAAAUUUCAAACAACACUCGGGAUCGACUUGAACGAGCAUCUUUGGAACUUUCCCAACGACAACAACGUGCUGAGGAGCGAUUGGCUGAUUUUGAAUACCCUGCGUUAUUUUCUGGUGCAGCAGCAUCAAAAACUAGCGCAGAAUCUAAAAUUGCUAGAUUCCAAAAUUGGAGGACGAACUACCUAAAUAUGAGGAGGCAUGUACUAUCGUACUACAAGAUAGUUCAUGGUCAAUGGCCACCAAAGCAAAGAACCAAGAAUCAAUAUGUCGAAGGUGGCUUGAAUCGACAAGUACUUAAACAGCUUUACUCUGAUAUGUGUGAUCUUUACGACUUUAUGGCUGAUCGAGAUGCUAUCACGACUAGAUCUAUGGACUCAGAGGAUCAGGAUGUGGCUCAUGCUAAUCCAAUUCAUUUAGCAGCAAGAAAAAUCUUGGCUGAAUUUGAUAGAUCUUCCCCACCAGUUCUACCACCCAUUCCAUUCGAUGUACCUAAAAUUCCAACGAUGGCAUCUAUUGAACCUGGCUAUCCUCUUCUAUCACCCAAGGAUCAACACAAGGCAUCAACUAGAAAACUCAAGGAAUACGAGCUACUUCUUAUCUUAGCUAAGAGUCAUAACCUUGAUGCUGACAAGAAAACUCCAUUUAUGGAGAUGCAUAAAACAUUUGAGGAGAAGGAAUCCAAGGGUAAGAAUGUUCAAGAAUUGGCCGAUCAGAGAUAUGGACAUUGGUUGUUCCUCUACGCAGUCAUUCAAUCACUUCCUAUGCUUGUUGUAGACGUGGACAAUGUACGAUACACAGAAGGAGUGGAUUACUUCUUAUGUCAACCACCCUUGGGUAAUCUACCUUGGUUGGAAGAUGCGGCGGGAGUGAAAAUGGCAUGGUAUGGAGUUCAAGGCGGUCAAGGAGUGGUCAGUUUACCUAGUGACGUUGUCAAUUAUGGUACCGAAGGUGUUUACCGCAGAUCACAUUGCUGGACAGUUGCUCAGAAAUGGAUCAAUAAUGCCGAAGCAAAUGAGAUCUCACAACCGUUCUCACCAGAUGACCAAGAGGAAGGAACAAUGUCACCACUUGCGCCACCCCCUGGAUUUGGCGGAAGCUUUAGUCGACCAGAUAGUCGAGGUCGUGAAAAUUCUUCUCGAAGAUCAAGUGUUGCAAGUAAUGGUAUGCUUGGAGUUGAUAAUCGUAGCAACAGUCGACAAUCUCAACGAAACAGUGUCAUGCUUGGCUUGGAAAUGUUACCAAUUCCAGGUAAUAUGGAACCUGGUUUCAGAUCAGACUCACCAGCUGGACGUGAAUCACCUGUAAGUGCUGUGGGAAGAAGAGGCGCAUCACCUUAUAGCCGCAACAGUGUGAUCAGUCGAAAUAGUGUUGUUAGUCUCCAUACGGAUGGUCGACCCGUAUCUUCAGCUGGAAGAAAAGAAUCGACUUUCGAUGAUAUUCUUGGUACAUCUGGUUUGGGACAAAAAGAAAAGGGAAAGAAGAAAUGAUGUAAAGGGAUUGAAAUAUUUUUUUUAUGUUUACAUGAGGGAUGGAGUUUGAAAAAUAUCACCCAAUUAUACGUAUACCAGUGCGUGUGCGAGGAUAUGGAUAUUAAUAUAGGAUACCAAAAAACUUUAAAUGUCUGUGCGAUAUGUGGUAUUGCGGAAAGCGAGCAUAUCUUGAGGGAGCAUUAGUUGGGCGUUUUUGAAGUUUUUUCCUUUUUUCCCUUUGGGGGAUGAAUAUAGGGAGGGGAAUGCGGAAGUAGUAGGACAUCGGGAAAGGGGGGGUCGUUUUCCUUGGUCUACUUUUCGAUGAAGUCGUUGUGAGGUGAUGGAUGAGUAAUUUGAGGGGUGGGAGAUGAGGGCGAGGGGAGUGUACACAUGGACUUCAUGAUGUCUGAUGGUAAGAGGGAGAAGAAGUCGUAGAGAGGUAGUAAUGAAGAUGCA